AAAUGACGUUUUGAAUUGAAUACUUUCACAUUUGUUCAAAGUUCAAUGUACAAUAUUAUUUUUUUUACGAUAACGAUAAGCAGCGUGAAACAGGUUUAAUCGGCAAUUUCCAGUUUUAAUUUCGACUACCGUAGAAACAGACAGAUCUUUAGAAUUUGUUCUGAAAAAUGGCAGAUUUAAGAUUUGACGGUCGUGUAGUGGUUGUUACAGGAGCUGGAGCUGGUCUAGGGAAGGCUUACGCUCUGUUAUUUGCUUCGAGAGGGGCCAAAGUGGUUGUCAAUGAUUUGGGUGGUGGAAGACAUGGAGACGGUAGCUCUUCUAAGGCAGCUGAUGCUGUCGUUGAUGAGAUUAAAAGAAAUGGUGGUACAGCUGUAGCAGACUAUAAUUCUGUAGUUGAUGGUGAAAAAAUCAUCAAAACUGCUUUGGACAACUUUGGACGUGUGGACAUUCUAAUAAAUAAUGCAGGCAUUUUGAGGGAUAAAAGUUUUGCAAAAAUUACAGAUCAAGAUUGGGAUUUGGUACAUAGUGUACAUUUAAAAGGAAGUUUUAAAACAACACAGGCUGCUUUCCCAGUGUUCAAAAAGCAAAAUUAUGGAAGGAUCAUAAUGACAGCUUCAAAUUCUGGUUUAUAUGGCAAUUUCGGACAGGCAAACUAUUCAUCAGCCAAGCUAGGUUUGGUGGGUCUGGCCAAUACUGUGGCCAUCGAAGGACGCAAAAACAACAUUUUUUGUAAUGUGAUCGUGCCAACUGCUGCCAGUAGACUCACUGAAGAUAUUUUGCCACCAGAUUUGUAUGCCGAGUUGAAACCAGAAUUGAUAGCACCUGUAGUGGCUUACCUUUGCCACGAAAGCUGCCAAGAAAACGGUUCAAUCAUAGAAUCGGCAGCAGGCUGGGCCGGUCGUUGCACAAUAGUCAGAGCUAACGGUUCUUUAUUACGUAGAAGACCCGAAGAUGACGUCUCUAUCGAAAACGUCAGAGACAACUGGUCGAUAAUUAGAGAUAUCUCCAACGCUCAACGAUUAGAAUCUAUCCAAGACGCCACGGGAGCUUUAAUGUCAUCUCUAGACGGUUUAAGAAGCGGAACUGAUGGUGUAGGUGGGGAAGAAAGUGAUGUGUUUCAGUUUUGUAACAAAGAUACCAUUUUGUACGCAUUGGGAGUUGGCGCUUCGGUUACUGCGGAAAACGAAUUGAAAUAUCUGUAUGAAAAUAGCGAAGACUUCUCCGUCUUACCGACGUACUACAUCAUGCCCGCCAUGCAGGUUAUGUUUACGUCUAGCGCUGUCAGCCGCGCUGUACCCGGUAAAGAAAUCGGUUUGGAACAAGUUCUGCAUGGGGAACACUACAUCGAAAUGGUGGGAGAAGUACCGCCGCAAGACGGAAAAUUGGUGUCGAAGUUCAGAAUUUCCGAGGUGUUAGACAAGGGUUCCGGUGCCGCAAUUGUUUGCGAUAUCGAUACCUUCGAUCAAAAUGGCAAUUUGGUAGCUCGUAAUCAAUGUGUGACAUUCGCCGUGGGCGCCGGUAAAUUUGGCGGACCCAGGACGGGUACCAAAGCCGUUCCGUGUCAACCUAAACCAAGUAGAAACCCGGAUGCGACGCUUUCUCAAAAAACUAGCGUCGAUCAAGCCGCCUUGUACCGGCUGUCAGGUGACGUGAAUCCACUGCACAUUGACCCGAAUAUGGCUCUAAUGGCGGGACACAAAACGCCAAUUUUGCAUGGAUUGUGCAGUUUGGGAUUUUCUGUGAGACUCGUACUGUCCGCGUUCGCCGGACAUGAUACGUCUUUAUUCAAAGCCGUGAAGGCGCGUUUUGUGAAACCGGUGAUUCCCGGGGAAACUUUGAAAGUCGACAUGUGGAGAGAGGGAAAUAGAAUUUUCUUUGAAACAUCUGUCGUUGAAAGUAAUCAAGUUGUAAUUGCAGGUGCCUACGUAGAUCUUAAAUCAGUUAAAGCGGCCUUACCGUCAUCGCCUAAAUCAAACAUGUCGAACCUAAAGAGCGACGCCAUCUUUGAAUUCAUCGUCGACCAAGUCAAGCAGGAUCCUGGCAAAGCCAAAGCAAUCGGUGGCGUUUUCCUUUACAACAUCACUAAAGAUGGCAAACAGGCUAAACAGUGGACGAUGGACUUGAAAAACGCCAAAGUCUUUGAAGGCAAACCAGACGGUAAACCAAACACUACCUUAACAGUAUCAGACGAGGAUUUCUUGCUUUUGGCCGAAGGCAAAUUGAACCCCCAACAAGCGUUCAUGAAAGGAAAAUUGAAGGUCACUGGCAACAUAAUGUUGGCUCAAAAAUUGGCACCUCUUCUUAAAACCAACGCUGCGAAAUUGUAAGAUGUUUCAACCAAAAUGUUAUUAUUUAUAUACGUUUUAAUGAAUAAUGUUUUUAGAUUUAAUUUAAUGUUAAUGUGGUGUAGUCCGUGAUUAUCCUUAUUAGGUGAUUGUUAAAGUUAUAUUUUUUUGCCUUAGGUUAUUGUUUACUGUUAAAUGUGUAAGGAUACUGAUAUUUUAUAUUUUCACAUUUUAUUACACUAAAAAUAUUAA